AUGUCCUCUUCCAUCCUACACCAGUGCCCAUUCUGCGGCCACACCUCCGACAUUUCCCUUUCCCUAGCCGCCUUCAUCGAGAACCCCUACUGUGCACAGUGCGGUCUCUCCGUCUCCGAAAGCAACAGCAAAAUCCAAGACGAGCUAUCAGCCCUCUUCGACCGCCAAAUGACCAUGGAGCAAUCGCAACAUACCCCCCAACCCAUCAAUCCCACACCUACCACCUCCUCCUCUCAGCAACAACCCAUCACCUACAGUAUCACCCAACACUACCACCACUCAUCCCACGUAGCUCCCCUUCCUCCUCCUCCCGCCCAAUCAACCGCUACACCCACAACCACAGACGACGAAAGCCUAGGCCUCCUCACCCUCCUCCUAAACCACGGCAUAGACCCAUCAACCCUAUCUCCCUCCCAACUCGACCUCAUCAGACACGCAGACGCAGAGCAACAACAGCGUCUCCUCCAAACAUGGCAAGUCUACGCCGCACACGGCCAACCCACACAAUCCCAAGAUACAGACAUGGACGACUCCAUGAAUGAGGACAAGGGUCCUGAUGCGGAGCCGUAUAUGGUUUCUGGCUAUGAAGCUAGUGCUAGCGCUACGGAUCCUGUGUAUAAGAGUCAGCAGUGGUGGGAGGUUGCGCCUAUUUCGGCGGAGUCGCAGUAUGGAUUGUUUGAGGAGAGGAAUCGGUUUUCGAGAUUAAAUGGGUGUGCGGGGGUUCAGGUUCCGCAGUGGUUGUGUCCUAAUUAA